AUGUGCAAUCUAAUCGCAUCGAUCAACGAAAGUCUUAAUGACAAUAGAACUUCUACGCCAGCAACUCAUGAAAACUCAACACAAACGACUAACGUCAUCCCAGUUCUUUACGUCUUUUUUGCAAUUUUAGCAAUUAUUGAUAACUUUAUGAUCUGUCUACUCUUCCUGUCACAUCGAUCAUUAUUAAAUCAAGCUUCCAAUCGUUUUAUCCUCUUACUUGCUACCGUCGAUGUUCUAACGGUUAUUAUAGUAAUUAUUUCGCCGGUUGGCCAAGUCUUUGGUGAUAAUUAUCCUUAUCCACGGGAUCGCUCUAUUGGUCCUAUAUUUUGUGCAGUUAUCGGCUCAGAAUAUUUCAUAUGGGCAUUUGGAUUUACUUCUGUGUACACCAUUGCUAUUUUAAGCAUUGAAAGACUGUAUAUGGUUGUCCAACCGAGAUACUAUAAAAAAUUGUUCACAUCUUCCAAUGUCAACAUGAUGAUUGCAGGUUUAAUUGUGUUGGGGCUAAUCAUAGCUAUGGCAAAUCCAUUUCAAAGCAGAUACGAACCAUAUGUAAAGAAACCAUGUAAAUGGGUACCAUUAACUAAAAAUGAGCAAAUUAAUACAAUACUUUACACAGUGAUAUUUGUAAUGCAGUUUCUUCUUCCUUCCACUAUUAUAUCCACUUGCUAUACCAUUAUUGCAUGUAAAAUAAGAAAGAUUAGCAUCAUGGAUGUUAGUAUGACCCAUAGUAUAAAAUCUGUUAAUAAUCGUCGAGUUAAAAGACAAGUAACGUUAAUGAUUUUUGCAGCAUCCAUUAUCUUGAUUAUAUGUUGGCUGCCGAAUCAAAUCUAUUUCCUUCUCGUACAGUUAAAGGUUGUAGAGACAUUGACUAGUAUACACUUGUUAACUAAAAUACUAGUGAUAGCAAAUUCUUCACUCAAUCCUUUUGUCUAUGUGAUUUUUAAUAAGAAUUAUAGAAAACUUAUGAUGCAAACAUUUUGUAAGAUAUGUCGUCGUCGGUUUUGGGGAUUAAGACGAAAAAAAGUUCACAUGCAGAAUGUGUCUAUAUUGAAACAAAUAAGUAAAAAUUUGGGGUUAAAUAUGGUAAUGAGAAAUUUAUCGUAUGGCAAUUAUAGUUUUUAUACCGAAUGGAUGUAUAUAGCAACUCAAAGUAUUAGUGUUAUUCGUUUGAAAGGAUUACCGUAUAUUUCUACAAAGUUAUCGUCAUGCAUGAGGCAGUGUUGA